AUCUAUCUUCUUCCACAAAUCCACUUUUAUCGAAUCCUUUUCCCCUUUUAAAACACAUUUCCUUUUUUUCUCACCGUCUCCUCGUUUAUACCAAACACUGUUCUUUAUCUUCUUGUCCGAAUCAUAACCAUAAAACCCAGAUUGAAUGGGAGCUGGUACAGUUGUGAGAGAUCGAGUACGGAAAGAUCUCUCUGAGAUUUCCAACAAAACGAAUAUUCCGGCGACGAAACCCAUCGUUUCUUCCUCUCCGGAGAUUCGUUCGAACUCACGGAAGAAGAUCCAACGGCGGAGCAAGAAAGCUGUGAUCUCUCCGGUGCAGAAGCUCUUCGAAACUUGCAAGAAAGUAUUCGCUAAUGGCAAAUCCGGAGCCGUCCCGUCCCAAGAACACAUUAACAUGCUUCGAGCCGUUCUGGACGAAAUCAAGCCUGAAGAUGUUGAUGUGAGCCCUAAGAUGCCGUGUUUUCGAUCUAAAUCGAACGGACGGCCUCCAGUGACGUAUCUCCACAUCUACAAAUGUCAUAGCUUCUCGAUGGGCAUUUUCUGUUUACCACCGUCUGGUGUAAUCCCACUUCACAAUCACCCGGAGAUGACUGUGUUUAGUAAGCUCUUGUUUGGUACAAUGCACAUCAAAUCCUAUGAUUGGGUCGCUGAUUCUCCCCAGCCGAGUUCGGAUACUCGUUUGGCGAAAGUGAAAGUGGAUUCAGACUUCACGGCACCUUGUGACACUUCUAUACUCUACCCUGCCGAUGGAGGGAAUAUGCAUUGCUUCACCGCGAAAACUGCUUGUGCGGUUCUUGAUGUUCUUGGUCCUCCAUACUCCGAUCCUGCAGGACGUCACUGUACGUACUACUUCGAUCAUCCAUUCUCAAGCUUCUCAGGUGAUGGAGUUGAGGUUGGGGAGGAGGUGAAACACAAGUAUGAGUGGUUGAAGGAGAGGGAAGAGGAGCCUGAGGAUUUGACUGUUAUGGCGAUGAUGUAUAGUGGACCAAUCAUCAAAGAAUGAAUGUGUAGGAGAAAGAAAAAAAGUCUCUUUUUGUUGUUGUUUCGUUAACUUUUCUUCGUGUGGUUUUUGGGUUUCUGUUGGUUUUGUCUGUAUAUAAAAAGAAGUCUUUGAAAGUACACACAGCACAGGGACAAACCUUGAAUUUGGA